GUGACUGACGACGCGCGCGCGAUGCCGCGAUGGCGAACGCAGGACGAGGAGUUGCCGGCGAACUCGGAGGAGUUGCAACAGGCGAUCAAGGAUUGGUUGACGAAGAAGCGAACGGCGGCGGGGAAGGUGAAACAGGUGCUCGGAUUGUUGAAUCACGAGCGAUUAGGGUACGUGUGCGCGCAGUGCGCGGUCGCGACGCGCGGCGGGAGGGAGGUUGAGGGCGAUGAUGGGGAAGUUUUGAGUCGAUCUCGCCGGGCGAACGGGCCGACUGACCGAGCGACGCGCGCGUUUCAUCCAUCACAGGGCGGGUGCGGAGAAGUAUGA